CUUCCACCCCAACAGCUCAUGAUUUCCCCACUAAACCACACCAAAAACCGAGCCCCCUCCCACUUCCGCCCACUUGUCCACGAAUCCCCAGCCAUUAAUUUCCACCGCCUCCUCCUCUCCCCCGCUUCAGGCCUCCAGCAGCAGCCAUGGAGGAGGACUUCGAGCGAGCGGUGGAGGACGGCCUCAGGCUCUCCAAGCGGCUCGUCCUCCCGGGCGGUGCGGCCCCGCCGCGCCCGCACGCCGGGAUGGACCGCUACGGCGCGCCGGACGCCGCCGCGGCGUCGUCGCUGCUGCCCGUGGCCCCCAUGGCGUACGCGGUCGUCACGGACCCCGCCGCCGUCGACAGCCCCGACGUGCCCAGCUACCAGCCCCACGUCUACGGCCGGCUCAGCCCGCCCGCGCUCAUCCCGCUCCAGAUGCGCGAGGUCGAGCUGCGGGUGGACUGCGCCGCCGGGUGCGCCACGGCCGAGGUCACCCUCGUCGCGCGCUGGUGGCUGCACUGCCUCACCCGCAGCCGCGACUGCGACUGCCGCCUCGUCGUGCCCAUGGGCGAGGAGGGUUCAAUUCUAGGCGCUGAGGUUACUGUUGGGAAAAAAUCGUACAAUACUCAUGUAGUUGAUGUAGAUGGUAACAGUCCUGUGAAGAUUGUUAAAACUGAGAGUGGUGGUAUUCUGAAGAGCCAGUUUUUUCAAUUGACAAUACCACAGGUUGUAGGAGGAGAAGACAUCUUUGCCACAAUUAGAUGGUCACAGAAGUUGUUGUAUGAUAAUGGACAGUUUUCUGUUGAUAUUCCGUUUCGGUUUCCACAUUAUGUGAACCCUUUACCUAAACUUUUCACAAAAAAGGAGAAAAUUCAGUUAACUGUGAAUAGUGGUGUGAGUAAAGAGGUUUUAUUGCAGGGGACCAGCCAUCCCUUGAAGGAAAAAACCAGGCAGGGUGAGAAAUUGUUUUUCUUGCAUGAAGCUGUGGUUGAGAAUUGGUCUAUCAAAGAUUUCACCUUUUCAUAUAGUGUUUACUCAGGUGAUGUGUCCGGUGGAGUGCUUGUGCAGCGCUCAACAUUACGUGACUAUGAUGACAGAGACAUUUUCAGCAUUUUUCUCUUACCUGGAAAUAACCAGAAAAGGAAGAUCUUCAGAAAGGCAGUUGUGUUUAUUGUUGAUACAAGUGGAAGCAUGCAAGGAAAGCCUAUUGAGAAUGUUAAGAAUGCCAUCUCAACUGCUGUUUCUGAGCUUGAGGAAGGAGAUUACUUCAACAUAGUAACAUUUAAUGAUGAACUUCAUUCAUUCUCAUCCUGUUUGGAGAAAGUAAAUGGCAAAACAACAGAGAAUGCAAUAAACUGGAUGAACUUAAAUUUCGUCGCCCAGGGUGGCACUGACAUCAUGCAUCCUUUAACCGAGGCAUUGGCGUUGCUGUCAAACUCUGAUGGCGCACUUCCACAAAUCUUUCUUGUGACCGAUGGUUCAGUUGAGGAUGAACGGAAUAUCUGUCGCACUGUGAAAACUCAGCUCACAAACAAAGGAUCUAUUUCCCCUCGGAUUUCCACUUUUGGACUAGGUUCAUACUGUAACCACUAUUUCUUGCGGAUGUUGGCAUCAAUUGGCAAGGGGCAUUACGAUGCUGCGUUUGAUACAGGAUCAAUUGAGGGUCGAAUACUUCAAUGGUUCCAGAAAGCUUCAUCCACAAUCGUGGCAGACAUUUCAAUUGAUGUCACAAAGCAUACCCAAGAAUUUGAAGUGGAUUGUGAAUAUAUUCCUGACAUUUCAGCAAAAUAUCCAUUAUUUGUAUCUGGAAGAUUCCGAGGUGAACUGCCGGAGACUCUUUAUGCUGAGGGCUAUUUGUCUGACAUGAGUAAGAUAUCGAUUGAAUUGAAGGUCCAACAUAUAAAGGACAUACCUCUUGACAAAGUGUUGGCAAAGCAACAGAUGGACCUUCUAACAGCAAAAGCAUGGCUUUCUGAAAACAAGCAACUGGAGCAAAUGGUGGCGAAAAUGAGCAUACAAAAUGGCAUUCCUUCGGAGUACACACGGACGGUCCUACUUCAAACCAUCAUGGAAAAAAUAGAUCCAGCACAACAGGGAAAACGGAAACCAAAGAAACCAGAGGAGCCUUCAGCGACACCGCUGCAGGGCCUGACACUCGGCUUCGGCAACGUGCCGGCGACGACGGAGAACCUAACCUCGGGGUUCGGUGACACAAGGGCGCCGGAUAAAUUCGAGAUGUUCGGGAAGGCGGUCGGCGGCUGCUGCGGCCGCGUGGCGGACAGCUGCUGCUGCUGCAUGUGCUUCAUCAACUGCUGCAGCAAGAUGAACGACCGGUGCGCCAUCGUGCUGGUGCAGAUGUGCGCCGCCCUCUCCUUCCUCGGCUGCUUCGAGUGCUGCUCGGAGCUGUGCUGCGGCGGGGGCGGCUCGGACUGACGACGGCCCGAGAAGAGGCGUGGUGUGUUGUACAGUGAAGUGUGCAUAGUGUUGCUGUAUAGGAUGCGCGUCACGUAUAUUUAUUUGUAUUUAUAUACUGCUUGAUUGUGAGGCCUCACUUGUCAAUAUCGGCCGGUAAUAAACCGUCUGGUGCACUGGCGAUGUAAAGCGAGCUAAGGGGGAUUUAAACGAAGAGAAAUGACUGCUUGUCCCAUGAGAACAGUCUUUCUCUCUCUCUGAAAUGCACAAGAACAGUUGAUUA